UCAAUAUAAGAAAAUGUAUAUAAUUGUAAUUUAGAUGAUUUGCAUCAAAUUCUGUUAAAACAAUCUGAGGCCCGAUUCAAGUCUGAGCGAGAAUAUGAUGUAAUGAGAGAGGCAUUGGAACAACAGGUGAGGAAAGAGAUUGUCUAUAGAGAGGAAAUGGCAAAACAAUUGCAUUUAGUAAGAGAUUCGUUUUGCCAACAGUUAGACCACAACUGGAAGAGUCUAUCGGUUAACAACAAACUCAAUGAAUCGGAAGGGAAUCUGAUGGGAAUGUCGUGUCAAAUGAAAGGCGAGUCUGAAUUAGGACUGAAGUCAUAAUUAUCAUGACUCGCAUUGAAUAUAUUAAAGUUUAGUCU